AUGUGGAUAACGAUCUGCUCCUGCUCUGCUGGUGCAUUUCCUUGCACAGCUUGUGUUACACAAGGAAUAAUGGUUUUUGCAAGAAAUGUUCCAUUAUCUUGGAAGCUUGACAUUUUUGGUCUUGCCAUUGAGCAAAAGCUUGAUGUCAUUGUCAGGAGGAUCAUGGAAGGACAUCAUCGGAUGGGAAUGGUAGUUAUCAUUGAUUCUGCUUCAGGCUCUCUAGCUGAUUUUGCUUGUGAGGUGGAGAUUACUGAGUCGAAAGUCGCCGAAGAUUUAGCAUUCUUCGAUCUUGGGAUCAAGAUGGGUGAGCUUGAUCUCCUUUUGAAGAUAGAAUGGGUACAGGAUAUUCCACCAGAAGGGUUGGAACAGAGAACCGAAGAACUUACAAAUAGCGCAGCAGAAUAUGCUCAGUCAUGGCUAAGGAGGGCAAAGGAAGCUGCAAGACAAGAUCGAAGAAGAUUUGAGAAACUACUUAAUGUGGAAGCAAUGAUGCCAACACCACUGGAUCCUGAGCGCUUCAGUUUCUGGCUUGCUACUUUGACUGACAGGAGGCCUUAUGAGAGAUUGGAGCUCCUGCGUGUAAGAGAUACAAAAGAGGAUACAAAGCUUGACGAUGGCCAAACCUUCAAAUCUGAUUAUGUCUUGCAAAGUUACCUUGAAACCAAUGUAGAGAUCACUCGUUUAAGGUGGCAUUGGUUAUUUUUUUACUUUCAUUCGCUUCCUCACCCAGUAUACAAUCUAACCAGUGCUGUUUUCAGCAUCACCACUGAUGAGUUUGUCCUCUUGCAUGACUUCUUUGUCAAAGGCAACUCCAUAUCGGCUUUCGAGGAAUACCUCUUUAAUGUUUCUAAUGAUAGAUUCUCCCUCAUUUUCAAUCCCAAGGAGAGAUCUUUUGCAUUCAUCAAUGCCAUUGAAGUUGUGUCUACUGCAGACGGUCUUGUAUCUGAUUCUGCUUUUAUGGUACCCCAAGGUGGAACUUUAAAUGGUUUGUUUAAGCAUGCUUUUGAAGUGUGUUAUCGGUUGAAUGUGGGAGGGCCAACCAUAAUUCCAAUGAAUGAUACCUUGUCAAGGACAGGGCUGCUUGAUACAGCAUACAAUGUCUUUCCCCAAGGGGCUAAGAAUGCAUCCAUUACUCCCGGUGCCGUCAAAUACCCAUAA